CCUACAAUUUCAAAGGUUGCAGUUAUUCAUUCAGAUCUCCAUUUCCGACCCACCAACAAGCAAAACGGAAAGGAAAGGAUUCUCUGCUCUCUUUCUUUUCCCCCCUUUUAGUUUCUCUCCGCCUUUUCCCACUUUCCUUGUUCGCCUCCCACUUCUGCAAUCUUCUUCCUUUUCCACAUUACUUAUUUAUUUUAUCCUGACCUGACCAUCACAUUGAAUUCCUACACCUCUCUCUCUCUCUUCCUCUUCUUUUAGCUUCUCUUUAUUAUUAUACAACAAUCUGAAAAGAUGGGUUUGCUUACAUUCCCCAGUAAGUAAGGAAAGCAUAUCGAUUCUAUGGUAAUGGCGCACAGCAUAGAUUGGACGCCUAAUACUCCCCAAUAAUAACCAGUAACAACACACCACCCAUGGCCACUGCCGGCGUCACUGAUUCCUGUUUAUCUUAACCCUGCCAAGACAAACAAACAACAAAAGGAUGUGGAGGAGAUUGUUAUGGCGGCCGCCGUCUUGCUCCGCCGCGGUUGGAAUAGGCGGUGGAGGAGUGGUAUUGAGAUUGCAUCCACUUGUUUCUCCCCCGACCUCCUUAUCGUCAAUUCCUUCUUCUGUCGUAUCCGGAGGAAGGCGGAGACAAGCCGAAACCGUCUUUUCAUUAUCCUCCUUCUAUUCCUCUUAUUCCUCGUCCUCCGACUCUACCCACGGCGGCAAGGCGACACCGCCACCGCCCGCUGGAGAGGGAGGGGAUAAUGGUAAUUACAGCAAUAACAAAAAGGGCGAUGAGACACUGAGCUGCACGGAGGCGAAGAGGCUGAUGAGAUUGGUAAACGUGGAAGCCCUGAAAAGCAAGCUGGGUGUGGAACGGAAGGAAGUCAUCCCUUACGACGACCUCCUCGCCGCUUGCCGAUCCAUAGGAGUCGCUCGAUCUCAAGAUGAGGCCGUCGCUUUUGCUCGCAUCCUUGACGACGCCGGCGUCGUCCUUUUGUUCCGGGACAAGGUUUAUCUUCACCCCGAUAAGGUGGUAGAUCUGAUACGAAGAGCAGUUCCACUGGCCCUAACACCUGAGAACGACCCGAUGAGGGAUGAGCUGAAGAUUCUGCAGGAAAAGAAGGAAGAAAUUGACGUACUAGCACAUACACAGGUGCGGCGCAUUCUAUGGGGAGGCCUGGGGCUAGCUGUUGUUCAGGUAGGCCUCUUCUUCCGACUCACUUUCUGGGAAUUCUCGUGGGAUGUGAUGGAACCCAUUGCAUUCUUCACAACCACAACUGGGAUCGUGAUAGGCUACGCAUACUUCCUCUUCACUGCAAGAGACCCAACUUACCAGGACCUCAUGAAGAGGCUGUUCCUGUCGAGGCAGCGGAAGCUGUUCAAGAAGCAUAACUUCAACGUUCAGCGGCUCAAGGAGUUGCAGUGCAAAUGCAAAACACCCUUUGAUGCUACUACCUUCAUUAGAAAUCGGACAGGGAUGGAGCUAGAGCUAGAUGAUUCCUUUAACAAGGAUUAACCAACUUUUAACCCCCAUUUUUGUUUCUUAGUUGACCCAUGCCUAGCUCCUUUCUACACGAAUAUAUAUGACAUAAACCAGUGUAGUUUCCUUCUCCUUUUCAAGCUUGGGUAGGGAACACAUUGUGAGUUUCUCUUUUUGUUUGGUUCAUGAUUUUGAGUCGCCCAAAUGCCAGGGUUUUGUACUCAUUGCAGACUGGUGUUGGUGUGCUCUCAAGCUCCAAGAACUGCUACUAUGAUAAGACUUUUUUCGGAUACAAAAAAAGAUAUGAAAGCCAACAUUAACUUGUUUCGUGAUUUUCUUUCAAAGUCCAGCCCGCACGCGCUCAAUCCCAUCUCGCUUCCUUCAGUGCGCAACCCUUCUAUUCCUCUAAUUUUCUUACUAAGCCUGACCAAUGAACCAAUUUCAAUGUU